AUGGAUUCAGCCCCAGGCAAUCACAACUUUGGGGGUGACGUGGUGAUGGAUUCGACAUCUAAUCACUCUCGGGAUGUUUCUACCCCUCAGCCCACUUCAUUGGGGCCAGAAAGCAACGCCAUCGCAACGCCUUUGGCGGACAGAACAUCGCGCUCGCCAUCCCUAGCAUCACCCUACGUCCCCCAGUUCUCCGCCGCAACAUCUUUUAUUCUGAACAGGAUGAAAAGCACAGGAUCUAAUUUCAACUCUACGCUGUCGGAUCUCUCAACGGCGGUUGCGGAAUCGGAUAAGGAUGCUUAUGAGGAAUUCAAAACGAAAUUGGUCCAGAGCAUGAGCAAGGGAACCUCGCUCCCAGAACCCCCGCCGCUAUCGACCCCAAGUGAGCCAUCCCUCCUCAAAAAGUCACUGCUGCAUCCGAAAGUGGCCGAUUCGAGCAGCUCAAGCCUCAAAAGGAAGCGAGAGUCGGAGCCAAGCACUGAAGUCGACUUUGGCCAGAGCACGAUGCCCUUCCCCUCAGCUUCCCAAUCACCUGGCCCUGCUAUGGGUCCCUCGAACGGUGUCAAGCAUGAAUGCUCCACCUGCCGCACCUCGGUCUCGUUCGAGGAGAAUCAAGUCAUCAUCUGCCAAGUUUGCGGUAUCGGGCGCCAUCAACAAUGCUGGUCUCCGCCAGUUCUGAGGGCUGAUUUAAAGAGAGCCACCUUCACAUGCGAGCGAUGCGAGAACACAAAUGCCUCCCAGAAUGGGGCGCCUGCGGAAUACCGAGACCAGAGAACAGAAAAGGUUCGCCAAAAGCGCCUGGCCAUGCUGCCCGCGGGGAUCGUCCCAGUGAAGCCAGAACUGGUGGGCUUUGGGGCCGGCGCGGCGACUGAUCAUGCUCGCACGGCGUACUUCCAGAAUAUGAGGAAAACGGACCUUCUCAACAUACUAUCAUUCUGCGACCAGCUCCAGCCCCAGCUGAUCGUAGACAUCAUGGUCUCAGUCUCCAAGAAACAUCCGAACCUACCUAUGUUUGCAUCUCCCGACUGGCACGAGCCGUUCUCCGACCCUUCAGCCCCGGGCAAGGUCGCGAGACGAGGAUCCGCUCGGGCCAGCCACGGUCGCAGCCUCCUCAAUUCUAAGGCCAAGCAGAAGAUCAAGAACACCGCCAGUGCCAGAAACGGGACGAAGAGGCAGGCAAAGAAACCAGCCCCCGCCGUGGAAGAUAUGCCGCUGCAACUCACUAAAAAUGAGGAGGACACCCUGCCCCCGGCGUGGCCCAGAGCAGGACAGGGCAUGUACGCCAAGCUCGUGCCCGAGGUUGAAGAUCGAAGUCUGCUCAAAGACGACAACGACGAAGGGGCAUUCAGCCACUUCAUGGUGAGUAACAUGGGGAAGCAAAUUAUCGAGCCUGUUUAA